UAACGAGCCGACUCCGUCACUCAGCUGGAGCGACGUCAUCACUCAUUCCUAGCAGGGAAGCUAACGCUGAUAUAGAUCUCUUCCGCCAGUGUAAACAUGUAGCCGUUUCUAUGGGUCUAACUCAUAUUACUUUUAGGCAGCGGUCUAAAAUACGAAUGGCUCUUUUAGUGGAAGUAUCGUCUAUAGAACCCAACCGGUGCAGUGCUAGCUUGUUUAUUAGCUAAUGCAAUAGCAAGACGAACUAUCCGGGGCCGUGUCUCUAUGAAGGCUACCGUUGCUAAUUAAAUAACGGCUAGCUACUUUCUAAUUGGCAGGUACAAGAACCUUAACGGGUUAGUCAAGCGAAAACAUGACAAGACAUGAUUUGCAAUAAGGGGGCAUCAAGAAGAGGAGAGAAAUGAGCACGGCUAGAACUGAUCGCGCAUCGUCGCCGAUGAAUGGAAGGCAAGACUGGGAAACCAGGCGGAAACGGAAAAUUGCAGACAUUACUCAGGCCCUGAAUGUGGAUCCAGUGGAUGUAGCAACCCUGAGGAGGAUGGCAAUCAGUGAAGGGGGGUUGCUGACUGAUGAGAUACGUUGUCAGGUGUGGCCCAGGCUCCUCAACAUCCCUCCUCACCUCUUGGAUCAAGAGCCUGAAAAAGUAGAGCGGGAUAACAAUAAGGACUACAACCAAGUCUUGCUGGAUGUUCAGCGUUCCCUGCGAAGGUUUCCACCUGGUAUGCCAGAUGAGCAGAGAGAGGGUCUUCAGGAAGAACUAAUUGACAUAAUUCUGAGAGUCCUGCAACGAAAUCCCCAGUUGCACUAUUACCAGGGAUACCAUGACAUUGUUGUCACCUUCUUGUUGGUCGUGGGAGAGCGCCUGGCAACUGUUCUAGUAGAGAAACUCUCCACACAUCAUCUCAGGGACUUCAUGGACCCCACCAUGGACAACACAAAACACAUUCUUAACUACCUGAUGCCUAUUAUUGAAAGGGUCAACCCUGAGGUGCACGACUUCAUGCAGCAGGCUGAAGUGGGCACAGUCUUCGCUCUCAGUUGGCUGAUAACCUGGUUUGGCCAUGUGCUCUCAGAUUUCCGUCAUGUUGUACGGUUGUAUGACUUCUUCCUGGCCUGCCAUCCACUGAUGCCAAUUUAUUUUGCUGCUGUGAUUGUGCUGCACAGGGAGGAGGAGGUGUUGGAUUGUGAAUGUGAUAUGGCAAUGGUCCAUCACUUGCUGUCCCAGAUUCCCCAGGAUCUGCCAUACGAGACACUGAUCAGCCGAGCAGGAGACCUCUUUGUCCAGUUUCCUCCCUCUGAACUGGCCAGAGAGGCAGAUGCCCAUGAAAGCAUGGCGGCUUCUACUUUUAAGGACUUUGAGCUUGCAUCCACUCAACAGCGGCCGGACAUAGUUCUUCGUCGCAGACGCAGACAAAAACAGGCUUCCCCAGAGAGCUCAACACUGAACCCUGUCAUGACGGUGGCACAGCCUUCAACUGCCCGGCGCUUUGUCAGAUUGGCAGUGAUGGGUCUGACUGUGGCUUUAGGGGCGGCAGCUCUUGCUGUGGUUAAUACAGCUCUGGAAUGGGCCCCCAAGUUGGACUUGUUUCCUUGAACUACUUUAAAGCCAACCUGCCAACUUUUGUCUUAACUAAAUAAAGCCGGUAGAUCCUUUCCAAGAACCCUUUGGUGAGCAUUUUUGGAGCGAGCUUACAAAGCUGAACAUGUUAACUUUCCUCUGUUGUCAUCAAGGAUGCGUCCAAACAUCCUGCUCCAAGAGGAGCUGUUAAGGCCCCAGCUCUUUAUGAAUCCUUGCAAAGGGUGGAUAGGUUUAAAAGCUGUUGCCGCUUUUAAAUGAAGAAAUCCUCCAUGUUAUAAUGAAGAAACUAUUUCAAAGGACUGUCAUUGAUGGUGUCAUGAUUAAAGUUUAUUUAUAUUUUGUGAUAGGAUGUCUGAUUUAGUGUUAUGCUCACAGAGAUUUCUGCUGAAAGCCUGACUCACUACACUUGAAGCUGCUGCCAUUUUUGAGAGCUGAGAGAAUGUGUGUUUGUGUGAAUGUUUGUUUGGGCGCCACCCAUUUGUUAUACAUAUUUGAUACCUGUACUGAGACCAAUCUGAGGAUCCUCUGUAUUUAUCCAACUGUAAAAUAUGACGUAUGUCAGUGAUUUUACUGGAACAUGAAGCAAUUUUAGGGUCAUCAUUUUAUUGUUUUUAGUUUAUUUGCCCCCCUCUGAUUGUUUAAAAAAAUGUUUUUUUUAAUUCUAGGAAUUUGGAUCUUUCUCUGUAAAUAGAGCAUCUUCAACACAUGUUGUCAACCUUAAUUAUGCAUUUUAAUUUAGGGUUGUUGCUAAGAUAAUUUGUGUUUAACAUAUAUAAUACAAAUAGGUAUUACCAAAGUAAAUGUAGUCUAACAUACUUUAACAGUUUUGUUUUAGGUUAACCAUGAAAAAAGAGAAACAGCUUUCACAAUUCAGCAAUACUCUCUGAUCAAACGGUUGCAAGAAAACCAAAAUAUUUAGUUAAACAGUCUUAAAAAUGAUUCUUCUGUUUGUCUUCUGCCUCUUUUUUCUGGGGGUGUAUUAUGAAGAUACAUUAAUGCCUUUGCCAGGUAUCUUGAAAUCCUCAACUGUAAAUAAGGAGAGUCCUAAAGCAGCUAGAGAACCUUGUUAAAGUAACUGGUCUACCUGUCAAAGUGCUAUCCUUUGUGGUUCUUUGUAUGAAACCUUUGUUUAUAUCCGACAGUGGAAUAAAAUUGCAGCUUCUCUAUUCAUGUUGCAGAAACACAAAUGACUGAAUCUUAACACAUUUAGAUCCCAAACAGAAUGACAUUUUAAUUUCUAAAUUUACACCUUGGACUUCAUUUAAAAUAAGCUUAUACACUGUUAAUUUUAGCCAUAGCUUUUUGUUGCAGAUUGCAGUGUUACAUUUAAAUGUAAACCUGCUGAGCAGCACACUGUGCCAUUAAAAAAAGAUGUACAUUUAAAGUAGCUAAAGCUUUGGUUAACAUUGUAGAACCAGUGUUGUUUUGCAUUUGAUUUCUGACAUACAUAGAACCACAAUGUAGGUAAGCAUGGUUUCUGUGUACAAUGCAUUCAUGUUGUUAAGUGUUCCAGUCUUUUCCAUUCACCUUGGAGGUGUUUCAGUGGUUUGGAAGGAAUAUAAAACUUUGUCUUAACAGAAAAAUUCAAGUAGUUAGUGGAGCUUUGUAAUCUCUUUUUCUUUUAACACAAUGAUGGUUUCAGAGUGGUGGGUCACCUACAUACAUUUAAUGGUAUAUUUCUAGAAUUAUGCUUCUGCAAAAAUCACAAUAAGAGAACCAGAACUCAACAUUUCACACUCUGUAUCUGCGGUGUAUUUAAAAGGUUAAGAACCCACAUAAUGAACCACUGUUGGAAAUGGCUUUCAAUUCCUAAUUAUACUGAAGGUAAACCGACACAAAUUAAUCUCAUGAAAACAUAGCUGUUGAUCAGUAUUGUAAAGGAUCACUUAAUCACAUAACGCACCACUCAGUGGUAUUUAUUUUCAUUGCAUUAAAUAAUGUAUCUGCCUUUUAAUGUUUAUUUUUGUUAUAAUAAAAGUAGUACACUAAUGUUAAGUUGUAAAAUAGAUUGAUAAUAAACUGGAGUGAAAGUG